UAACCAAUAAGGGUUCACUUACGUGCUUACGUCACGUAGAGCGACAGAACAUUUUCAAGAUGGUGCUUGAAAGUACUAUGGUCUGUGUGGACAACAGUGAAUAUAUGCGCAAUGGAGACUUCUUACCUACCAGACUUCAGGCCCAGCAAGACGCUGUCAACAUCAUCUGUCAUUCAAAAACUCGGAGUAACCCAGAAAACAACGUGGGGCUCAUCACUAUGGCCAAUAACUGUGAGGUCCUGACCACACUGACCCCUGACACGGGCCGGAUCCUGUCGAAGCUUCAUGCCGUUCAGCCCAUAGGAGUCAUCUGCUUCUGUACAGGCAUCAGAGUAGCACAUCUGGCAUUGAAACACAGACAGGGAAAGAACCAUAAGAUGAGGAUCAUUGCUUUUGUGGGAAGCCCUGUGGAGGACCUGGAGAAAGAUUUGGUGAAAAUGGCAAAACGUUUGAAGAAGGAAAAAGUCAGCGUUGACAUUGUUAACUUUGGAGAAGAGGAGGUCAACACGGAUAAGCUGACCGUGUUUGUGAACACCCUAAAUGGAAAGGAGGGUGUAGGCUCUCACCUGGUAACGGUGCCUCCGGGCCCGAGCCUGGCAGAUGCUCUUCUGUCCUCUCCUAUCAUGGCUGGAGAGGGUGGCACCAUCAUUGGCCUGGGUACCAGUGACUUCGAGUUUGGAGUGGACCCCAGCGCAGACCCUGAGCUCGCUCUGGCUCUGCGUGUGUCGAUGGAGGAGCAGAGACAGAGGCAGGAGGAGGAAGCUCGCAGGGUAACAGUGGCUUCAGCUGCAGAGGUCGGAGUGUCAUCACCCACUGCAGAUGAGUCUGAAAAUGCCCUGCUGAAGAUGUCGACGGCUCCCGCUAUGCCCGAUUUCAGCCGCAUGACGGAGGAUGAACAGAUUGCAUACGCCCUACAGAUGUCCAUGCAAGGAGGAGAGUUUGGCUGUUCAGAGGCCAUGGAUGUGGAAACAAGUGCAGCAGCCGACAGUGAAGCUCCUAAGGAGGAUGAGGAGGAUUACGAUGUGAUGCAGGAUCCAGACUUUCUGCAGAGUGUGCUGGAGAACCUUCCCGGAGUCGACCCCAACAAUGAAGCCAUCCGUAAUGCCAUGGGCUCUCUGGCGUCCCAGAACAGAACUAAACCACCUGAGGGCAAGAAAGAGGAUGAGAAGAAAUAGAGAAACGGUCCAGACAGAGGACAAGGGCAUGAAGGGUUUCCAACUGGAUGAUGGAUAGAGAUGAACACAAUGCAUAUAACUGAUUAAAAACAGCAAGAAUAAUGAUUUAAUAAGAGUUUUCUUAACAAUUGUUAGAGGGAGGAACAACAGAACAGACUAACAACAAAGUUAAUUGACAGAAAAGAAUAUCCAUAAAACACUUCUUGCGUGUAAUGGUGAAUGAUCAUCUUCAUUUGUUCCUUUUAAGUAACAUCUGAUCUUGAACCGUAUUUAGUGGAGCAGAAAAAUGUUCACGCACUACUUCAAAUAGUAGUGCUCACUUCACUGUUUAUUUGCUAGAUAGGUUACCUUAUGCCACCUAACUAUAACUUCUCUUGUGGUUUUUGAAUGACUUCUUGUAAAGGUUUCUUUGUCAAUUUUGUAUCACUAUUUUCAGUUCCUUUUUUAAUAAAGGGCUUUGUUAUGGUCAAGGGAA